UUGACGUCACUUUUUUUGCCCCACAACGGUGGUUUGUGUUGCUGCAGAAUUUGCCAAAAAAUCCCUUUUUAUACAAACUUUUCGUACAAAAAAAGCUCGAGAAAACAUUCCCAGGUGUGCAUGAGAGGUGUUCAGUGUGAAAAAUCCGGUGAAAUUGUGGGGAAAAGUGGUGAAAAGUGCAAGUAAAAAGUGACGAGAGGGAGGCAUUUUGUUUGUCUUUGUUGAACCACCCGCUUUGGUCAGGACGGCCGCGAAGAUGUCGAAGGAGAAUACAAUGCAGAAGCUGAAGCAGUUCUUCAAGAGCUCCAAAACACCCGGAGGUGGCCUUCAGCAGCCCGUUGACUUUACGUUGACACCGGAAAUUGAGCGGGAACUCCGCCCUGAGACGCCGGUUAAUCAACGCUGCAAGAUCCUGCGGGAAUUGGGGGAGGAUCUGCGAAAGGGUAAAGUGGAGGAGGGAUCGCUGCAGAAGUUGUGGCAUCUCACAAAUGACUUGAUUGUGGCGAGUCGUCCGCCGGAAUUGCGUCAAACCGCUUUUACGUUCUACCGGAAGCUCAUCACGACGCAAUUCCCCAAUCUUAAUCUAAUGCGCGAGAAGUUCUUCCGCGUGAUACAAAAUCACAGCGUUGCGGAGGACAUUGGGCACAGGUUAGAGUUGCUGCGGGCCCUGACGGACGAUGGGAAGGAUAUUUCGUUUUUUGAGGAUGAAAUUGGGGCCUUUAUGGUGCAGUGGUGUCAGGCAAUACUCGAUGCGCAGCUCAUGGAGACUUAUUUGGAGAUUUUGAUUAAUAUAAUUAAGUACAAUGCGGCGUAUUUGGACAAGGAGGUCACCAUUGGGAUUGUGCGGCAGACGUGCUUCCUCAGUUGUACGCUGGAGGAUACAGCGACGGUGCUGCAGUGCCUCACGGUGCUGGAGACAAUCAUGAGCUAUGCAAUCUUUCCCAUUGAGACGCUGAGCUUGUUCAUUGUGGCUCUGUGCAAGACAGUCAACCGGGAAGCCUUCUGUCAGACUUCCUGGAAGAUUAUGCGGAAUCUUCUGGGCACGGAUCUCGGUUACGCGUCACUGUGCACAAUGUGUGGCUACCUCAGUGAUCCCUCCGUGUAUGAUGACGUAGCGCUCCUCUGUGGGGCAGUUGUUCACACAAAUAUGGGUCUGUGGGGCACCAAAGUUCCUGCCCUUCGAUGCUCCCCAUCAGCUGUUCUCCUCUCCUUCCUCCGCGUCUUGCGCUGUCGGCACUUUGUUGUGAGUCACGAAGUUGCUCUCAGCAUUCAACGACUCAUCCAACUCAAAGGGCCCGAACUCACAGAACCCACCUGGGACACACUUUGCCACAUAAUGGAGGCACUUGCCGACAAUAUGGCAUUCUACGACAAAAGUGGCAUCAUUCACAACAACAAAGUCCGCACCACCUUCCAUGAGACCCUUGAUGAUGUGGAGGUGAAGCUACGUCGCCAUGAGAUUAGUGCAAAUGCCGAAAUGAUUUACAAUCUCAUCGAGAAGGUGGCCAAUGAUCGUCCCGAAGCAUCCGUAUUCAAUCUCAUUGAAUACCGGGCAAAUAAGAUCUCCGCAUCACGCCCUAAAUGGCUACAGGCACUCAAUGAAUUCAUGGAGCGCUUCUUCAAGCAAAGCCGCAAGACGAAUAUUCGCGUCAAGGCAAUUGUUUCCCUCAUUCAAAUUAUGGACAUCAACAGGGCGGCGUAUGAAGAGGAGAUUCUCGAACGCAUCGUUAUGCCCUACUUUAGUAACAUUCACCAAGAAGCAGAUCUUGUGGUGAGAACAGCCGCUGCGAGGCUUCUCAUUGAGCUAAUCCUCCACUGUGACAGCAAGAGAUUCCUCGAGUUGUUGGAUAUUGUGGAGAAGUUGCUGAAUCGUCCGUUUGAGGUGCACGAUCCAGUUGUGAGGCUGUGCGAGGCGGACAUUCAGGAUCUCAUUGUUCUCGUUGAGGGUCUCAUUCGGACGUUCCUCGUGAAGUUGUAUCGUCUCCCAUCGUUGCAUACAAUUCGUAUUUUCUACCUUCUUGUGGGUCACCUGGAGGCGCACUACGACAAAUUGCACGUGUUUGAGUCGGUGAAUGUGGUGCGAAUGCUCAUUUUCCGUUGGAUGCUCGAUGCACGGUGCAAUGGGACGUUCCAACUUGGCUAUCCGGAUGCCAAUGCGAAUGGGGCAUUGCGAUUCAGUCACUACUUGGUGAUUGACGCCAAGCAACCAAUGCAGAUCCCAAUGCUGCAGCAACAGCAGCAGCAGCAGCAGUUGGGGCAACAACAACCCGAUGUUACGGUGACAAGUAGCAAGGGGGACUUUACCGCCAUCUCCAUACGACGUGGUUGCAAAGCCAUCGUCAAGUGUCUCGAUACGGAAAGAGAUUGGGCGGUUGUGCAGUUAGUGCUCAAAGAACUGCCAAAUAUACUGCAAAAUAAGGCACUAAUUGUGGGCAAUGAUGUGGAUUCACUCGCAAGGAGUCUCAACAAAUUGUUCUUUAGACCGAAUCUUGAGGGGUUCGUGUCAUCGGUGGGAAAGCCAUCAAUCUCUGAAUUUCGCCUUAUGAUCCUUCCGGCAAUUUCGGCACUCAUCACGUACCAUCAACAUCUCGAUAGUUUGACGCAAAAGAGCAUAAUUGAGGUGCUCAAACUCGGGCUCUUCCUACGUGAUCCGCGUGUCAGUGUUCAUGCGUUGAUCUUGAUGACUCUGGAGAUUCCGGAUACGUUCAUAAAGUACGUUCCGGAAGUUUUGCUUGAAAUUAGCAAAAUUUCACACACAACGACCGUUUCUAUAACCGUUUUGGAGUUUCUUUCGACACUGAGUCGUUUGCCAAAUCAUCGUUUUACAAAUUUUGUCCAACGACAGUACAUGUGCUUCUUUGCCAUUGCCCUGCCGUACACAAAUCCCGAUCGGUAUGAUCACUAUGUUGUCUCAUUGGCGUAUCACGUGAUCGCGGCGUGGUUCCUGAAGUGUCGCCUUUGCUGGCGGAAUGCCUUUGUGAGUUACGUCCUCACCGGGUUGGAAUCCCAAAUUCAGAUGUCCUGCCAGGAAUUCAAGGCAAAGAAGGACAUUGUGCCGGUGAAUGAGGAUUCGUCGAAUAGGAAACGCAGCUCCAGUCUCACGGAGCAAGGGUCACGUCAGCAGAGGCGUGGGAAUGUGGAUAUAAAGCCGCUGAAUUACGGCAACAACAACGCGCUCCCGUUGGAGGCCCCCUAUCAGUUUCAUAUGGAAUUAGCGGAGACUUGUAGUGACUUUAUGGCUCACUACGCGUACUCCUCGUGCUCCGUCAUGCCCAAGCGGAUGCCCUCGGCGGAAUUCCUCCUAACGGGCGGGCAAACGGCAACAUGGCUCAUUGGGCAUCAUCUCAUAACAAUCACAACGAGUGCAUGCAGCACAAGCCCCAUACGCAAUGGGUUGUGCGACAGAUGCAAUUUAGCGUGCAGGAAUACAGCCCAAUUGCGCUCAGAGGCAACGAGUGUGUCACAAGAGCUGCGUGACAGUGCAGCUGAUCUGCAGACCAAUAAAAGGUAUACAAAAGCCAGUCUUCAGCACAGCAGUGCCCAAGAGUCUGAGAGCUGUGACUUUACAUCGUCAACAUCCUCAUCAUCCGCUGCAACGCCCUUCUCGGCACAACAACCGCAAAAAUUCUUCCGUCAGAGCUCCUCCGAUGGGCGCUACAGCAGCUACUCAGGAAGCUUGGAGGCACUCUCACGGCGUGGCAGUAAUCCCGAUACGGAGUCCUCAGAUGGCCCCGCGGGAUCGUCUUCGUUGAAUAAACUCGAAAAUCCCAUUUCUAUCUCAUCGUCGGGCAUUUCAAUUCCGCAGCUGUCAACGCCACAGUCGAGCGUUGAUCGGCCACGACAGACGUGCGCCUGCCUCUGCACGGGGUGGGCAGAAGUUUGCGUGAGACGCCCCACGGGAUGUACAACGUGGGUAAUGAGGAUUCAGAAUCAAAUUGGAGCUGAUUCCUAUGCCAAUGAGUUGCCCCUUCAUGAUCUCACGUGCCUGUUUAUGCCGUCCAUUGGGGGUGGCGUUAUGGGGAAUGAUUUUAUGCAAAGUAGCACCACGUCAUCGCCGCAAAUUCAUCCGGAUGGUGUUGCAGCAGCAGCAGCAGCAGCACCGGAACGGGUGCAACAUCCAAAAAUGGCAGAAAUUGGGAAGCGUCGAAUGGAUGAGCAGGAAACACUUCAAUCGCAACAAUCCCUACCGCAGGAUGAGAAGGCAGUGCAACAGAGCAGUUUGACGGCAACAACGGGUCCCAUUGAUAUUCCCAAGCAAUUGCAGAAGGUCAAUGAAUCCGGGAGUUUCAGUGAUCACGAUCCCGAUGCCGAUGAUGUGGCUUUCCAGGACAAUGAUUCACGAUCCCGCAAUCCGGUGCGAAGGGUUAAUUCAAGCCCCGAAAUGAGUUCAAAUUGGCGCAAUCCCUUUUUGGGUGGGCAAAAGAAUGCCGCGAAUAGUGGUGUAAAUUCUUCAGCUUCUGCUGCUGCUGCAGUCGCUGCUGCACAGAGCAACAACGACAAAGGAGAUCAUGAAGAUCAUGAUGCGCCAACGCAGCAACAGCAGACAAGUGUUGAGAGUAGUCAGCAGAAGAAGAAGAGUGCCUAUGGGAAGGAUAUGCGUGUGAGUUGUGAAGCAAUCCCAGAAGAGAUGGCUGGUUCAACGCCACCAAGUGUGGUGGGUUCAGUGACAACACAAGAGGGGGGAAGUCUAAUGAUUGAAGUUACACGUGCGAAGAAUGCAACACUCACUCCGGGCCAUCUCACGUCGACUGGUUCCCUUCCGGAAGCAGCUCCGGGCACGACAACACUUCCUGCGGAGGCAGCAGCUUCAUCUGGUGCGGCAACACCACGGAAGCAACAUUCAGCCGAUGAGGCGCUUCAGCCGAAAAUUGAUCCGGGCACAAUGAACCUGAAGUUGCCAAUUGAUGGGCAAAAGGUCACGGCAAAGCCACCACAGUCACCGGCACCGCUGUCACCGAGACUCCUGGCACGGAAUGCAGCCAAUAAGAUUGCCGGAACGUCCAUGGGUCCGUUUGGAUCUACCGGCGGCGGUGGUGGGGGGUAUUUUGGUGACCCAACAGCUGGGGAUCUGCCACGCGGUAGAUCCAAGACCAUUUCCGUCGCUCGGGAGCACUACACGCGUGAUGCAUUCAAACAUACUCUCAGAGGUGGUACGACAACAGCCACGACAUCUUCACUACCACGACGCGAUGUACCCACGUCCGUCAAUCGAUCGGGAAUUAAUCCCAGCUUUGUACUUCUUCAGUUCUACUACACAGGACAACUGCAGCUGAAUGUGACUGAGAAGCCCCUUUUGGUAGAUGCUGCAAAUGCAAAGGCAAUCACGCUGCUUGAUUUAAUUCCCCCCUUUGAGACGCAUAAAAUUGGGGUGCUGUACGUGGGUGGGGGACAGUGCAACAAUGAGACUGAAAUCCUGAAGAAUCGUUUUGGCUCCUUCCGCUAUGCUGAAUUCUUGCGGAAUUUGGGCACUCUUGUUUCGAUAAAGGAUGCCAAAGAGCACAAUUUGUACAUUGAUCUGGACAUGGCGGACGGGCAGUUCACGUACAUCUGGCAGGAUGACAUUGUUCAGGUGGUCUACCACGUGGCCACGCUCAUGCCGAACAAGGAGCAAGAUCCGAAUUGUACGGAGAAGAAGAAGCACAUUGGCAAUGAUUUCGUCUCAAUUGUCUACAAUGAGAGUGGCGAAGAGUACAACCUCAAUACCAUCAAGUGCCAAUAUAACUACGCCAGUGUCAUCGUUGAGCCACUUGAGCUCAACAGUUGUCGCGUCUACGUGCGUGCGAAGGAUGACGUGAAGGACUACGUGGCGUACAGUGAGCCGAAAAUUGUCAGUGACACCAGUGCGCCACUUCUUGCACGGCAGCUGGCUCUUCAUGCCAAUUUGGCAUCCCUUGUGUCAAAGAGCUUGAAGAAUAAAGGACAAGGCCCCUACGCAUCCAAUUGGCUCGAGAGAUUGCGAAAGAUCAAGCGCCUCAGGGCUAAGCUGUUAAAUGAAUCAAAAUCAAAAUCAACGUCAAAUGAAGGCUCAGGUGGGAGUCAAUCAGGUGGCUCAAUGGACCAAGAUGGUGCAUCAUCGAAGAAGUCCCAUUUGGAUGAUUUCACAAUGUACUCGCUCUAAAUUUAUUUCCGCACCACGCUGCCCCCAUAAAUUCCCCUCACACAACAACAACAACUUGUCCCCACAUCUAUCUUGUUUAGCCGACAUUGCUUUAGAUUGUUGAUUUGCGAUUUUUAAUUUGAUAAAGUGGUGGCCGCGGAAGGAAAAAAAUGCUUUGUGUGUUGAUUAUAAUGUAGAAGAAGGAGAACAUUUAUUAUUAUUGCUAAUUUGAUGUAAUUGGUCUGCAAUGGACAAAAUAAUGUGGAGGAAGCAACAAAUGAAAGAUAGAAAAAGCAAAAUAAAUGAAUGAAGAAAAAAAAUUAUUUGUGUUUGAAAUUGCAUCGUUUUGUGGCAGUUUAUUCCAUUGGAGGGGAUUAUAGGAAAGGGGGGUUGAUGAGUAAUUUUCUUUUAAAGGUUCUGUAGCUUUUACAGCAGAUGAUUUGAUGAUGAAUGAGAUGAGGAAGGAGAAGACUCUUGACAGAGAGGUAAAAUUCUUUAAAAUUAUUGAAACUUUGAGCUUCAAAAAUUAAAAAAAAAAGAUGGGGCUUUGAGGACUUCUUGAGUCUCUCAAAAUUGAUUUAACACUUGAAGGACAAAACUGGUAUUCGCUGCCAAUUUUAUAGCGUUAUAGAAUCUAAUUUAUUGUGAUGAAUUCUAAAGAAUUCUAAUCAAAAGAAAAUCUAUAAUAUCUUUUCUUUUUGAGAGAAAACUGAGGACAAAGUUUGAGGUUAGAACUUGACGUAAAAAUUCACAAAAAACGACGAAUUAUGACUCAAAGUUGAUUAACCCUUUAACGUCCAACGUGAAACAUAAAAACAUUGAAACAUGCGCUCUUUUAUCGCGAUUUUUAUUCUAUGAAUUUUUUUAGAGGACUUUUUUCACUCAGAACGUCUUCUUUGACCCUUUGUGCGUGAAUUUGAUGCAUUUGUAACAUGGAAAAACAAUUACAUUAAUAAAUAAUUGAAAAAAUAAAAUGUUUCACGUUUGGGUAAGCGUAUGUGUUCACGCCGCAUGACAAAUAUCGGCGCACGACUCCCAAACUUUUUUGCUAUAAAAAAGUUUGGGAUGACGUGGCGGAAUGAGAGGGAAUAAAGGAGUUUCAAAAUUGUUGUGAAAGAAUAAAAACGUUGUUUGUGCAAAUUUACAUUUAAUUUUACAUUUUAUACAGUCCGCUGCUAAAAUUGCUUAAGUAUUUCCUUGCCACACGUGUGCCAUUGAUUGUAGAAGUGGCAAAUAUUCAAUCAAAGUGCUCAAUACGUGAAAAUUCGUGCUUAUUGUGGCGCAGUGAAAUUCCCCACGAGGCCGGAAGAAAAAAAUUUUUUUUGGGCCUCCAAUCCGGAGCAUUCAUUACUAACGCUGAGUAUAUCUGCAGGUGGGAUAUUUGCUGCCGGACAAAGAGACGACGCUUACUCCCUUAAAGCUGUGGGACCAUUACUAACGCUGAGUAUAUCUGCAGGUGCGUAAUAUUUUUCACCCAACAGUAUGACCCAAAAAACCUUAAAGGGUUAAAAUGCAGAAAUUGUUGUAGAGAAUAUUAAAAAAUGUUGUAUUCGAACCUAAAAAAUGCAAUCAAAAGUGCAAAAAAUUCCUGAUCUAAUAGAAAUUCUUUUGUGUCUUUUACAAACACUUGAAUGACUUUUUUGCCCCAUUCUCCCAUAAUAAAGACCGGAAAUUAUUUGUUUCUUCAAAGGAACUCAAUUUGAUUUUUUUUUACAAAUACUCCGAAUAUUUCUUUCAAAAUUCCGAAUAUCUGUACAUUUUUUAAUUUCAAAUAAUUUCCGUUAAAGUUAACUGACGCUAAUGUUGGUCUACCAAGGUGCUACCUCUCCAUUCUGUCCGCAUUUGUCAGUUUUGCAGUUAAAUUGAGAAUUAAAAGAAAAGAAGAAUAAAUUUUCAGAGUUAAUAAAUUUUAUUUAAAAUCAGUAAAAGACUCUUUAAAAAAAUUCACAAAAAUUCAACGAGGAGGAGGAAGCAUCUCUAGCGGAUGGUCUUCAUGCGCUUCCAGCACUGGGCUACACCGGGGUAAUCGCAGUACUUCUUGGAAUCAUUCCAGUGUGUACCUGAGGGGCAAUUCUGCGGAAUGGGGCGCCCAUUGAGGCACUUGAAGAACUUUGUGCAGUCGUGGGCGUCUGCCAGGUGUGUGGGGAAUUGGGGAUCCUCAUGUGGGGGGCACCAACCCAUUGGAUGCUGCACAGGUGGUUGCUGAUGAUGCGGUGGCUGCUGUGCUGGAGGUUGUUG